AUGGCUAUAUCACCUAUCACCCCUUCCCCCUCUCCAUCCCCAAAAUUCGCAAAAGUCGAUCUCAUUCCUUGGGAUCCAGACUCUCCAUCCCAUGUCGAGAGAUUGUUCAAUCAACGAGUAGCCUGUACCUGGAACUCAGAAUACGUAGAAUCAUGGCGCGAAAAACAGAGGCAGGGUGCUAUUACUCUUCAAUGGAUCGUUCUACCAAUCACCACCAUCUCUCGCGAUGAUCUUCAUAAACUUCACAUAACGCAUUUCCCCUUGGAAUCAGAACCAUUAAUCGAUUCCGCAACAACAUUCAAUGCACUACCUCGUACCCCUCCUUCACCACCCCAAUCCUUCCUUCCCGUCGGCCACAUAGCCCUCGAAGUCCAACCAUCUUCCCCCAUCUCUUCCUCUCCCUCCUCCACAUACAAAAUAUCAGGCCUCUACAUUUCCGGCGCUAUGCGUAGCUUAGGUCUAGGUCGCGCAACUAUGGAUACAAUUGAAACACUUGCCUCUUCACCCCCGAUCUCUGCGAAAAAAUUAAUAUUAGAAGUUAUAGCGAAGGAAUAUCCGGGAAAGGAAGAACGGAAUGCGGGGCUGAAAAUCAAGAAGCAGCCGGUGGAGAGAGAGGAUUGGUAUGCUAGGAGGGGGUAUAGGAUUGUGGGGAUGAAGGAUGGGAUGUGGCCUGAAAAGGAUGAGGAGGGGAGGGUGUGGACGGCUAGGUGUUUGUUUAUGGAGAGGGUGGUGGGGUAG